ACACUUGCACACGGCGAUAGAGUAAUAUAAUGAAACUUUGUUUUAUCAUUGUUUUAAUUGAAGAGUGUUUCAGCUCAUGAAUGUAAGGUUAUGUUGUCGUUGUUUGAGUAAAGUGUGCAAUAUAAAGACAGCUCUUAUUUACAUGUGUACAACUACGCCGCGCCCUCGCGCAUGUAAUGAAAAACGGCGUACCCGCUCGAGGGUUAAAGGUGACAGGUGAACCAAAGCUAAGAGGUAAGCUACGAUUCCGUGCAGUUGUGAGGAAAGUGUUUGCCAACCUCUAUUGGCUGACUGAAACUGAAGAAGAGGAAAUAGAUGAAACUGACCAACAGAAAAUCUUGGCUCUGAAGCGGAAAAGGGGCAAAAAGGGCACACUUUCCCUGCAGGACAAAGCAUCAUUUAUGAAACCAGCAGAAUAUCGCUCUGAGAAGGAAAGAGAAAUCCUUAGUAGCAUUGUUUGUGGACUUCAGUGCUUCAAACGUUAUCCUGAGGAUGUGCAGAAGAAACUAGCAGAAGUUACUUAUCUCCUUUGCUAUGGGCCAGGCAGAGUUGUUGUCAAACAGGAAGGUCUUCCAACGGGCAUUUAUUUUAUAUUGUCGGGUAAAGCUGGUAUAACACAAUCAGCUAUAGACCCGGUGUCAAAUGAACCUGUCAUCAUUCCAGCGGGUGAUUUGGAGCCAGGAGAUGUAUUUGGAGAAAUUUCUUUAAUACAUGACAUUCCUAGAACGGCUACUGUAACAACUUACAUUAAACUUCUUACUGUAUUUAGAAGCCAAGUUAGUAGUAUUACUAAUCCUCAACAACUUGGAUUAAUAGCAACAUGCGAACUGCUUCAUAUUGAGAAAAAAGAUUUUGAUAAGGUGAUAGAGGAAACAAUAAAGCCAGACUGGGAUAUGUGCAAAUAUGCUAUGGCAAGAUUUCCAUAUUUUGAUGAAUGGAGUUCAGUUGCUCUUCACGAGUGCUGUAUGCUUUCAAGAAUUAAAACAUAUGAGCCAAAUGAAACAAUAUUAGCCUGUGGAGCACGAACAAAUUAUGUGUUCUUCGUAUUAAAAGGAUUGUGCCAGAUAAUUCAACAUUUAAAUAUAAUUGUAAAAGAAACAAAGAAAGAUCAUCAAAGGUGUAGAUUACAGACAUUUGGGACAGGAAUUCAACCUGGCGAAAUUGGACAAACACACUUUAUGCAAAUAUGUAUUCUUAGUGAGCUUGCUACUUUUGGUCUUGGUGAAAAUCUGACAGAUCGUAGGAUUAUUGCUUUAACACCUGUUGAGUGUCUUCUUUGCCCCAGAUAUUGGAUUAUGCAGAAUAACAAAGCAAAUUUGUGGGUACGUAUAAAACGUUUCGUGGACCGGCGAUUGCCAUCCACACAGCAGGUUUUUCACAGCUUUGUUGAAAAUAGAAGAUGGAGACAUUAUAGCAGAGAUCUAGUCAUCGACAGCCUUCGUAAUCGUUAUAUACCAAAUGAUACGAGCAUAUGUGAUGUUCCAUACUCCAUUAGAAUUAGUGAAUACUAUGUUGAUCGCUAA